CAUGUUAGUUAGGCUGCUUUGAUGUCUGGUAAAGCGCCUCCAAAGGGACCAAGAGCGCUUUUGAGUUCGCUGCCUGGCUCAUCGUCACAACAAGCUUCGACGUCGUCGAGUUCAACAUCGGCUUCUUCGCCUGGUGCUGGUACUAGCAAAAUUGGUGCACCACCACCAACAGGACCAAGACUCCUGAAUGGUGUUCCAACUCAACCCCGAGGUAAACCGACUGGAAAGCCUUUUGUUAAUGGCUAUACUGGACCACCUAUAAUAAAUGUACCGACAGGACCAAGAUCUACACAGAAGGGCAAGCAGGUUGAUUCAGCAUCGAAUUCAUCUGAAUCUGCUUCGCCAGUUCAUGAAACAUCACCUAUAUCCUUUACAAUUAAUCGCAGAACUUCCCUCACCGAAUCACGUCCGAGACCACCACAACCAAUUGAAGAACCACCACCACCGCCACCACCUUCAGGUCCACCACCACCUUCAGAGGUACCACCACCACCACCUUCAGAAGUACCACCACCACCACCACCUUCAGAGGUGCCACCACCACCACCUUCGCCUUCACCACCACCUACACCAUCACAAGAUUUGUCAGAUCACGCGUCCCUCACCUCCGCCCUCUAAAUCACCCUCACCUCCUCCUUCAGAACCAGUCGCAUCAUCAUCGAAACCACCCCCACCUGAAUUCUACUCACUGCCUCCCCCUCCUCCAUGGCCGCCCUCCCGUUCCGAAUACCCCGCUGGCAGCAACUUCAGAAUCAUUUAUGACCCUGCCAUCGACAAGGACCGCGACGGUCGUUUUCGGGCUCUAAUCGAGAAGAUUCGAGCUACCCAGGUCGAUGGUACAGAUGAGCCACGGAUCAAGGGGAAAGGAAAGGGAAAGGAGACGCUCACGCGGUAUAAUGGAGAGGUGAUCGAAGGCGAGCCAGAACCUACCACAACCGAUCCCCGCAAGGCACCAAGUUUCAAGAAACGUCCACACCGAGACGCGUUCCAUGAAAUUCGGUAUGAAUAUGAUCCAAACUCAACAGGCCCACCGCCCCCCACAGCUGUGCUGAUCAUGAAUUUGUCACCUCUGACGCCUACGCAGCAGAUACGUCGCGUCUUCAGUGCACAUGGCAGGAUCUCCUCCUUUGAUCCGCAAAUUGACAUGGAGUCUGGGGUAGCGCUCGGCAUCGUGUUUAUUCGGUACCAGACACAUGAAGAGGCCAAGAUAUGUGUAGAGCGUACCCACGGAAAGAAAUUUGGCACAGGCAUGGGAAUGGCUGAUGGGGAGGAACUCAAAGUGGUCUUUGACGGCGAAGGUCUCAAACUGAAGGCAGUGCGGAAAGAGCUAGAACAACAGAAACAUCGCGGUAGAGAAGAGAAGAGAAGGAAGGAGAAGGAAGCCAAGGUUCCGACAUUACCACCUGCACCCAUACCCGCACCAAUAUCCAUACCGAAAGCUCAGACCCCAAGCUCGACGCAUACACCCGCCCAGUCCGCAUGGCGGCCCAGCCAUCAGCUCCCUGCACGCCCUGCACACAUCCCCUACACCAACGGACGCCUAUCACCUCCCCGCAGCAGAAGAGCACAGCCUGUCAUGAAAGCUAAAAUGAUGAACUCAGCACUGAGCACUCGUUUCCCAGCAGUGAAUGACCUUGCGCCUAUGUCAUCCUCUUCAUCGACACCCAUCCAUACCCGUGGUCGUCCUUCACAUCAUAGUUCUACUCACGCUCCAGCACCUCCAUCCCGCUCACCUUCCCCUAUCUCCCGCCGCCCAGGACAAGGGCGCCAUCAACAGCAAAGAGAGGCUACUAGUGCCACUGUCAUCGACGCCCUCGCCAAGAAUGGUUUCGAGCAUGUCCGAAUAGACCUCACAGGCGGCGCGAUGAUAUCUAUCCGUGAAGAAGACGUGUGCGCGUUCUUCAAGGACUUCAAGGUCGACUGCGUCCUACGAGAUCACAACGCUUGGUAUGUUGCCUUUCAAACAAGCGACUCUGCACGACGCGCAGCCAUGGUGCUCAGCUCGCGAACACUUGGCCACCACUCGGUAACGCUCUCAGCCUGUCCUCCUCCUUCUCACGCCGCUCCUGUGGUUGCUGAAAAGACUAGCUGGACAAAGGAGGAGAUAGUUCAAAAAGCGGCAGAUACGAUCGUCAAAGAGCUCAAGGUUCUUUUGGAAAAGGACAUCACUGAGCGGGUGGCUGCUGCUGAUCUACGGAAGCUGGUUGCAGACGAGAAGGCGAAAGUUGCAGAGACGAAAGCUAGGGAGGGUCCAGAGAUGGUCAAUGAGCAACGGCCGGCUGAGAAGCGAGGUCUGAAAGGACUUUCAUUUCGGAAACCGAAAAGAAUAAGGGAGGAGGAAGCAAAGGCAUCCGUGGUCGAAGAAGUCCCUCUUGUCGAGCCAGAAGAGCCUGUACCCGUUGAACCACCAAAGAAAAAGCGGAAGAAAGAGGUCGUCGCGAAGGUUACGAGGGUGGCUGAAUCAGACUUGGAGUCCGAGGAUGAGGAGAACCUUGCACCCGAACCCCGGAAACGGGCUGUUUCCGAGGUUCGUGACGAGGAACAAGAGCCUGUCAAGAAGAAGCCGAAGAAGGACGCUGUGCUCGAGGAUGACGAACAACACAAGAAAGCCUUGUCGAAGAAGAAGGUCGUCAAGAAAAAGUCAGCAGCCAAGGUGAUUGUCGACGAGGUUAUCCGGCCCGACGAGUUGGAUUUCAACGUUCCUGCUACUGCCAACAUCCACAUCUCAAAGGUGGAGUCGGUUUCGCGCUCGCCUUCUCCCGUGCCAGAACCACCGCGGCCUCCGAGUCUUCCUCCGGAUCCACUCGAGCAAGGCAUAUGCGAUGACGACGAGGACUUUUAUUUCGCUCGGCUGGCUAUGUCGAGUGACUCUUCAAGCGUGUCGCACGUCUCGCCGCCCACUACCGAUACUGUACUAGCAUUUCGGAAGCAUCUCACAGGUUCAGCACGUACCGAAGGCUACUACAAGAUAUCUCAUGCUGAGAAAUCAGCCUAUGUCGCUCAAUACGCCCUACGAUCCACCAACGUCGAGUCAGUCGUUCCAACCGAAGCACCCGCCCAACCCGUCACCUCUUCUCGCUCGAACCGUGCCAACGCUCGCCGCCGCGCCCAAGGUCUGGAAGAGAUCAACCAAGUACAGCGAGCUGUAGCUCUUUCAAAAGGCGAGACGGCCGCUGCAGAGCUGAGCAUCAAAUUCAACCAGCUCCAAACGCGGAAAAAGCAUCUCCGGUUUGCGAGGUCUCCGAUUCAUGACUGGGGGUUGUACGCUAUGGAGAGGAUUGCGCGAGGGGAGAUGGUCAUUGAGUAUGUGGGCGAGAUUAUUCGGGCUCAAGUCGCCGAUAAGCGGGAAAAGGUGUAUGAGCGGCAAGGGAUCGGGAGCAGUUAUCUGUUUCGGAUUGAUGAGGACCUCGUGGUGGACGCUACGAAGAAGGGGAAUCUUGGGCGUCUCAUUAAUCAUUCAUGCGAUCCGAACUGUACUGCGAAAAUCAUCACUAUCAACGGCGAGAAGAAGAUCGUCAUCUAUGCUAAGCAGGAUAUCGAACUGGGCGAUGAAAUCACAUAUGAUUAUCAUUUCCCCAUCGAGCAAGAUAAGAUCCCAUGCUUAUGUGGCUCUGCGAAGUGUCGCGGUUAUCUCAACUAGAAAUUUGUUUGACGUUAUCCACUUCGCUCUCUGCAUUGCAUAUUCAUACCCUCCCUUCAAUGCUAUCGACAACAACGCUAAUUCACACUGCGCUAUGUAUCACUCACCUCGUUGCACGUUCGUUCCCUUUGCAUGGCAUUGUUUAUUAAUGAUC